AUGCUGGCCCUGCUGCUGCUUGCGCUGAUGCUGAGCCGGGCGGGCGCCUGGGCCCCGGAGGCCUGCGCGCGGGGUUGCCCGGCCGCCUGCUCCUGCGGCCCAGGCCCCGGGGAGCGCGGCUGCUGGGUGCGCUGCGACCGCGCCGGCCUGCUGCGGGUGCCGCCCGAGUUCCCGUGCGCGGCCACCUCCAUCGACCUGGACCGCAACGGCCUGCGGCUGCUGGGCGAGCGCGCCUUCGGGACGCUGCCCGCGCUGCGCCGCCUGUCGCUGCGCCACAACAACCUGACCUUCAUCACGCCCGGCGCCUUCCGCGGCCUGGGCCGCCUGGCCGAGCUGCGCCUGGCGCACAACGGGGCGCUGCGCUACCUGCACGCGCGCACCUUCGCCGCGCUGGGCCGCCUGCGCCGCCUGGACCUGGCGGCCUGCCGCCUGCUGGCGCUGCCCGAGCGCCUGCUGGCCGGCCUGCCCGGCCUGCGCGAGCUGGCGGCCGCCGCCAACCUGUUCCGCCGCGUGCCCGGCGCCCUGCGCGGCCUGGCCAACCUGACGCACGCGCGCCUGGAGCGCGGCCGCGUGGAGGCGGUGGCCGCGGGCUCGCUGCGGGGCCUGGGCCGCCUGCGCGCGCUCAGCCUGCAGGCCAACCGCGUGCGCGCCGUGCACGCCGGCGCCUUCCGCGACUGCGCGGCGCUGGAGCACCUGCUGCUCGGCGACAACCGCCUGGCCGCGCUGCCCGCCGGAGCCUUCCGCGGCCUGGGCCGCCUGCGCGCCCUGCACCUGGGCGGCAACGCGCUGGGCCGCGUGGCGCGCGCCUGGUUCGCCGACCUGGCCGAGCUGGAGCUGCUCUACCUGGACCGCAACGCCAUCGCCUUCGUGGAGGACGGCGCCUUCCAGAACCUGUCGGGCCUCCUGGCCCUGCACCUCAACGGCAACCGCCUCACGGCGCUCGCCUGGGCCGCCUUCCAGCCCGGCUUCUUCCUGGGCCGCCUCUUCCUCUUCCGCAACCCGUGGCGCUGCGACUGCGGCCUGCGCUGGCUGCGCGACUGGAUGGACAGCUCCGGCCACGCGGCCGAGGUGCCCUGCGCGUCCCCGGGCUCCGUGGCCGGCCUGGACCUCAGCCACGUGGCCUUCGGGCGCGCCCCCGACGGCCUGUGCGUGGACCCCGAGGAGUUAAAUGGCAGCGCGUCCAGCCCGGGCCCAUCCCCGGAGCCCGCGGCCACCACCGCGAGCAGGCUCAGCAGCCUCCUCUCCAGGCUGCUGGCCCCCAGGGCCCCGGCGGGGGAGGCGGCCAACGCCACCGCGGGGCCGGGCAAUGCCUCGCUGGCCCUCCCCUCGGGGGCGCUGGGGAGCUCAGGCCACAGCACCCCGUUUCUCCUGGGCGCCGGCGUCCUGCUCAGCGCGGCCCGGCACGUGCUGUGCUGUUUGUCCUCCAGGCACACUGA